CCAGAAAAAAAAUUAUAUCUAAUUUAUCUAAUAUAUCUGAGAGAGCGAGAGCAAGCUCUUUCAUAUUUAAAACAUUAAUUUAAAUAAGUGAUGUUAUAUGUCACAUUUAACUAGGGAAGACUCUUGCAGAGGUGAGUUAAAGGAGGGAUUUGGAGAAUUAUUGACACAUCCUCUUAACUUAUAUCAGCACUAUUGGAUUCUACAAGAAUAAAUUUAAUUUAAAUUACUGUGACUUAGUCUACUGCUAGUAUGAUAAUGAAAGCUCUGAACAAAAAUAAUGAAUAUAACAAAGAUGAUUUGACAGACAUUGGAGCAAUCUCAUCAGAAAAGCAACUGGGAAGAAUUUUUCCAGUAUAUAGUCUCUUGAUUAGAUUCUCUAAGAAAACCCUUGAUCUCACUCUCGAAUCUGCAGGAGAGUUCAGAUUCAUAGAUACUAAUGAAGGUAGACUAAUAUAUGGACCCAGGAAGUUUGUUGAAAUUGGUCUUGAGUAAUAGACUAGAGCAAAAUAAACAAUGAAAUACUGAAGUUGUGUUGUCAGGCAGCAACAAGUUCAAGGUACAGAUCUUUUUUGUGUUCACAACUGGUCAGAAUCUGUUCAGUGCCGUGCUUGGCUGCAGUGGUUUUUUUGUUCUGGAAUAAGGUCAACGUUGCAUUCUCAGACUAUGAAUUACGUGGGACAGCUUGCAGGACAAGUUUUGGUUACUGUGAAAGAGCUAUAUAAAGGCAUUAACCAGGCCACUCUUUCAGGAUGCAUCGAUGUAAUUGUGGUUCGGCAGCAGAAUGGUACAUAUCAGUGUUCUCCUUUCCAUGUCCGAUUUGGGAAACUUGGUGUUCUGCGUUCUAAGGAAAAAGUGAUUGAUAUAGAAAUUAAUGGAGAGGCAGUUGAUCUUCAUAUGAAGCUGGGUGACAAUGGAGAAGCUUUCUUUGUACAGGAAACUGAAGAAGAAUACGAAAAUGUUCCUGCACAUCUUGCAACCUCUCCAAUACCCACUGAGGAUCAGUUCUUUAAAGAAAUUGAAGAUUGCUUACUGAAGUCAGGUGAAAAUCAAAGGACAUAUCAGAACUCUGAAGUUACUCAUGCCAUAGAAACAGAGACUGUAUUCACCUCAGGGUCUGUAAAGAAGAAAAAGCGAAGAAGAAAGAAAUACAAACAAGAUAGCAAGAAGGAAGAUCAAAUCUCUUCUUCAGGGGUUGAGGAGAUACUUGAAAUAGAAAAAAGCUCUGAUGAUGAGAGAGGUGUUCAACAUCUGAGAGGAUCCUCAAAUUCUUCACCAAAGAGUGAAGAGCAGAAAGAGUCUGUGAUUUAUCACUCCAAGGAUCAUUACCCUUUAUCUGAUGGAGACUGGUCCCCUUCGGAGAAUCCUUUCUCAGAUCCAGUCUGCCCUAAAAGUGAUUCAGAACUAGAAGUGAAACCGGCAGAGAGCUUGCUUAGAGCUGAAUCUCAUAUGGAGUGGACAUGGGGAGGAUUCCCAGAGUCUACUAAGAUAAGCAAGAAGGAUAAAUUGGAGCAUCCUAGAACAGCUACCAUUACCCCAUCAGAAAAGACUCAUUUUAGAGUCAUCCUCAGCUCUGAUGAAGUUGAAGAUGAUUUUUUGGUGAAAGAUUCUGUCUGUACAGUACUAAAACCUGAGCCAAGAACUCACCCUCUGUUUAAGCAGACAGAGGUUAAAGUUUCUCUUGCGUCUGCAGUCACAGAACCUGUGCUGGAGAUCCCUCAAGAAUCAUCUAUAUUAGAUGCUGAACAUCUCCCCAGCCUAUUAGCAGAUAGUACUUCGGAAGCAAAACCACCUUCAAAACUUGACUCUCCUUCAAAAAAGAAAGGGAUGCAGAAGCGAAGCCAACACCAGGGGCCUCAUGAUAUUUACUUGGAUGACUUGAAGGCUUUGGAACCUGAAGUUGCGGCACUCUACUUUCCCAAAAGUGAUUCUGAUCCAAGUUCCAGACAGUGGACUGAGUCAGAUACCCUCUCUGGUUCCCAGUCACCACAGUCAGUGGAAAGUGCUGCUGCAGACAGUGGCACAGAGUGCAUGUCUGAUUCUGCUAUGGAUUUGCCUGAUGUCACGCUUUCUGUCUGUGGCGGUCUAAGUGAAAAUGGAGAGAUAUCUAAAGAAAAAUUCAUGGAACAUAUUAUUACUUACAAUGAAUUUGCUGAAAAUCCAGGACUCAUAGAUAAUCCUAAUCUAGUAAUAAGGAUUUACAACAGGUACUAUAACUGGGCAUUGGCUGCUCCCAUGAUUCUCAGCUUACAGGUGUUCCAGAAAAGUUUGCCUAAGGCUACAGUAGAGUCUUGGGUUAAAGAGAAGAUGCCCAAGAAAUCUGGAAGAUGGUGGUUCUGGCGCAAGAAAGAGAGCAUGGCUAAACAACUACCAGAGGCGAAGGAUGGGAAGUCUGAGGCACAAAGAACAAAUGAUUUGCCAACAGCUACAAAAGAACAAGUUAAUAGCAGGCCGACAGAAGAUGAUUCUUCUAGUGAUGAAGGGUCACAAGAGCUGAAAGAAUCCCUAAAAAUAGAUUCCGUCCCAAUGGAACAUCAAAGUCAUGGAAACAUUACCUCUUAUAAGAAGUCACUUAGAUUGUCUUCAGACCAAAUAGCAAAGCUGAGGCUCAAAGAAGGCCCAAAUGAUGUUGUGUUUAGUAUUACAACUCAAUAUCAAGGUACUUGCCGCUGUGCAGGAACAAUAUAUCUCUGGAACUGGAAUGAUAAAAUCAUCAUCUCUGAUAUUGAUGGAACAAUAACAAAGUCUGAUGCCUUAGGGCAAAUUCUCCCACAGCUUGGCAAGGACUGGACCCAUCAAGGCAUUGCAAAACUCUAUCAUUCCAUCAAUGAGAAUGGUUACAAGUUUCUGUAUUGCUCUGCUCGUGCAAUUGGAAUGGCAGAUAUGACAAGGGGGUACUUACAUUGGGUGAAUGACAAAGGAACAAUCUUACCCAGAGGGCCCCUAUUGUUGUCCCCCAGCAGCUUAUUUUCGGCCUUUCAUAGAGAAGUGAUAGAAAAGAAGCCUGAAAAGUUCAAAAUCGAGUGUUUGAAUGAUAUCAAGAACUUGUUUGUGCCAAGUAAACAGCCUUUCUAUGCUGCUUUUGGAAACAGGCUCAAUGAUGUGUAUGCCUACACGCAAGUGGGAGUCCCUGACUGCAGAAUAUUUACAGUGAAUCCCAAAGGUGAACUGAUCCAGGAACAGACAAAGGGAAACAAAUCCUCGUAUUUCAGGCUAAGUGAGCUUGUGGAACAUGUGUUCCCAUUGCUUAAUAAGGAACAGAGUUCUGCUUUUCUGUUCCCGGAAUUCAGUUCAUUCUGCUUUUGGCGAAAACCAUUUCCUGAAGUGAACAUGGAAGACCUAGUCUGAACAGCUCUACUUACCUGGAGAUGGGAUUUCGUAUCCAGACAUUCAAUUUCAGUAUGAAGAGAGAGAGCUCUGGAGAUGCUAAUUUUAUACAUUGAUACCACGAGUCUUACUAGAGACAAUACUUUUAAGUCUAUGGGUUUGGCACAAACAAAAUGCAAAGUUUCUGUAUCUUUGUCCUUUGACUUUAAGGUAUUUGAGAUCAGCUUAUGUUAUAGCAGCAGGGCUAAAGCACUAGAUGACAACACAAGUGUGGACUUCUUGCUGCGUCUUUGCCUUUCCAUAGAUAUCAAACUCACCUUAAAUAUUGACUUUUUAUAUAUUAAUGUCCUUAAUAUUUUUUUAUAAAAUAAGCCAAAAAGUGCAUGGAAGCUGCCAAAUAGUCAGCCAUGUUAUAGACGAAUGUUCAAAUUGGUAAUUGGGCCAUUUUAAAAAGAGCAACUUUCUGAAACAACUAUGGCUCCAUAUUUCGUAAACAAAAUAUAGAAAAUGCUUUGUCUUUAGUGUUUGACAGGUUGUUAAUGGUCAAAGUUGCAUCUUAAAUGUAAAUAGUUUUGUCACAUGUACAAUUAGAAUGUGCUUGUACAGCACAGUGCUGCUCAUGUUAACUCUGCUUUGUAAAUUUUCCUAAACAUUCAGUGAUUUGACCAUUUUACAGGCUUAUUGCUUAACCUCCUUUUAAAUCAAUUCUGUCUUGAGAAGUUUCAGUAUACCUUUUGAUUCUUGAAUGACUUUUGUUAUUCCCAACUGCCACCUUCCAUGUCAAUUUUCAAUCCAGAGGAAGUUUAGUAAAAGCUUACUCUAAGAGGUGGGAAGUAGGUGUUUUUCAUGGCAUUGAAAUGCAUAUAUCUAUGCACAGUGUGUAGGCCAGUAGAUUAUAUUCAGAGAGUUGUCACUGAAGAAAAUUUAUGUAUUUAAUUUUUUAAUUGAAUCUACUGCAGGACUUUCCAGAAUUGUGUUUAAGGGUUUUCAGUUGUUGAAGGAAGUACAGUAGAGCAAUGAGUGCUACCUGUAAGGCUUGUGUUCUGAAUGCUGUCUUGCAAAGCCAACAGAAUUGUCAGGUAAAUGACCAAGUAUUGCUGUGUGACCGUGCCUUGGCUUCAGGCCAGCUCCUGUAACUAUGCUAACUGCCUCACAGGCCUAAUACUGCCAAUUCCAAAAGCAGCUUGCCUGCGAUCUUCACUGGGUAUCCAAAAAAUUCUUGAAAGGCAAAGUCUUCCUAGAAAGGGUAUUGUAUAAAGCUGGAGAGAGAAAUUCUGUUCUAUGCUAGGGCUGUGAAUGGUUUACCUGUUCCAGUUAACUGGUAAGGAGGAACAGCUCCCCACUUACCACAAUUAACCAAUUAAACAGGAUUUUAUAUGCCUAUUCUGUGCCUCUUAGAACUGCAGAGUAUAAGAGAGGAUAUUCAUCAUAGGCUGUCAGUGAAAACAGGUUUUGUAAAUUUUUAUAAAGAAUUUGUCAGUCUGAGAAUUCUCAAUGUGAGGCUCUAGGUACUAGCUCCAGUAAACUGGAAAAUAAGAUUCACUGAAUAUUUUUGGAUCAGCAUCUCAUUUGAAGUAAAUUAUUUUUUAAUGAACAGCUCACAGCAGCUGGAAUUAUAAGCAAGGAGCUGAAGUUGCAAAGGGGACCUGGCUCUUUUGUGAAGGCUGAGAUGAAGAAAAGGGGUGAGUUAAAUCAGUGGUAACUUACCUGUUCAUGCUGUGCCAUGUAAAUAAAUUAAUUAAAUGGCACCUUCAUUAGAGUAUGUCUUUUUCGGUAUGCUAAUGAUGAUUUCCACUUAGCAGUUCCCCAGAUCAAACAUUUACUUAGUGGUUAAGUAGAUUAGACUGCAUUUUUUUUUAAUGAUCCAAACAAAUGUCUGAAGAUGUAGUAUGUAAGUUAGUAUUUGCAGCAGCUAUAAUUGUAUAAGGAUUACUCAAUCAGGAAUCUCAGUCUUUGUCUUUAAUGGAAGCAGUACUGUGCUGCAAAUGCUGUUAGAGAAAAGUAAUGCUAUUGCUCGUUUAUUAUUUCACAGGGUUCAGGACUGAAUGUGGCCUCUUUUUAUAGAUCAUUGCACAGAGCAAAGGCUUAGGAACCCUAGUCCUUAUAAAACCUCUGUAUCUGUUUUUUCUUGCUUGCUUUCUUUUAAUAGGGAAAAGCAUUUUUCACAAAGGAUAAUAUUUUCAUACAUUGCUUUGAAAAUCAAUGAGAUACGGUCUAAGUGGAAAAAAAUCCCCUCAAUGAUGCAGUCUUUUUAAAAAAAAAAAAAAUAUUUCCAUAAAAGGACUAGAGCUGUAUCUCCUAGAUUAACUCUUCUGUGGUAGCCAGAAUUUCCUUCAGUGGGUUAAGCCAAGGGCACCAGAGACUGAGCUAAAUACAGUUUUGUUUGCUUUUUAAAAAAGCACUUAAUGAAAAACUUAAAACAUCCUGAUGAAAUUCCAGAUUGGGCAGAAUGCAAAAAUAUUUCUACACUUUGGCUGUAAAUGACUUGGCUAUUUUUAUCUUAACCUAGGUUUUCAUUCUGUCUGCAGUUGAACAACAUGCAGUGAUGAAUUCUGUGCACUUUAAGGUCGGUCAGGGCAAAAUCAACAUAGAACUUGAUUUAAAUAAACCGUAUAGGGUCAAAUGUCUCCUUUUAAGCACCAGUAAUUUAAAUUAGUGAGAGCACUUGAGUUUAUGUUGCAGUUUUGGGGUGAAAUUUUGGCAUUUAGGGAUUUCCAAAAAGCUGCUGAAAAAAUGUUGUCCUUCCAUUUUGUGAUGGUUAUAAUUCUGCUAUACAGUUUUUGAUACAAUGCAAAAGUUUUCUUGAGUCUUCCUGAUAAGCAAAUGAGUUUUUUAUUUGAAACCAACUUAGUCUGAGUAGAGCUCCAAAUGUAUGUUAAUGUCACUUGAGAAGUCCAUUUCAGAGACUGAACUUCGGUGUUCUAUGCAUACCAUUGCAUACAUACUUACAGAAGUAAAAUAUCCAGUAUUCCGAACACCUUCAAAAAAGACAUCUCAUUAGAACUGUCAAAUGGUAGGUUUCUGCUACAGUAUUACAAUAUGACGUGGAUAUAUUAGAAUUGUACAUUAGUCUGCUGCCUUUAGCUUAGUGAAGGUAGAUGGUUUGAAAAUAAUGUGCUAAACCUAUUUCAAAUCAGCAGAACUUAAAUCAUUCUUUCUGUGAAAGAGAGGAGCUGUAAAUUGUGUGCAUGCACAUGCACAUGCAUGUAUUUUUGAAGAUGCAGAUCCCCUUUGCAUUGGAACAGUGUUUGAUACCAUAAACUUCCACAGUAUUUCUCUGGGGAUAAGAAAGUAACACUGCAGUUCAGAUCUGGUCAGUCUAUUGGACACUGUCCAUUUCUAUAGUAAUUAUCAUUUAAGCACUUGUAUAUAUAAACAUUUCUGGACUUUUUUUUUUUUUUUUUUUUUUACUUUCAUGUGUUUAAGCUUGUACUUCAAAAAUAUGGCGCUUUUAAUCUUUUUUUAAUGUAGAAGUGCAGGUGUGAUGUGGGAUCAUGUAUUCUUAGCCUCUUGACAUCAUUAUGCUGUUUUUUAGAACAUAAGUCUUCAACUGGCAAAGUCUUAACACUUAAAUCAACUAAAUUACAUAAGUUUGAAUCAUUCUGGCCAAUUGUAAACCAAAAGGAUUAUAUAUUUGACAUUGUAUUCAAGUCUGCUAGAAAUAGAUUCCUCUACAUUAGUUUAAAAAUAAGCAACUGAAUUACAACUUCAUUACAAAUCAUUAGAAGACUGGGUUGAAUUUUAUAUGCCUUUGAAUGUAAUUUUUGCCUAAGAAAGCUGUUUCCUAUGUUAAAUCCUGCUGAGUAGGAUGAAAUUCUGCUUCAUUUUUUUUUAAAGUGUUAAUUAUUUCCAGAUGAAAGCUGCGCAUUUUUGUUUAAGGUACGGGUCAGGAAAACUAAUAUUUUUCCUAUUUCAUUAUUAAAUUGAGAAUAUGUGAAAUAGUUGAUAAACAACACAAUCACUAAUAAGUAAGUGUUACAUUGUCAACUCUGUGAAUAUGCCAGUACAGCAGUCUUUGGGUAAAUAACCCACACUUUGGUGCAGUGUUUAUUGAUGUUCAAAACAAUGUUACCACAAUAAACAAACUUAAAGAGU